GGUAGGGAGGGCGCAGGGGUAUUGUGACAUGCUCCAGGGAAGGGCGGCUUGUCCCGUGGCCAACAGACGCCCCGGGGCCCAGAGGGGCAAGAGAGCCGGGACCGGGCAUGGAGCCUGGGGCCGGGCCCUCCAGGGCCCCGCAGGACAGGAAGGCGGAGUCUCAGCAACAGGCUCGGGCCCAGCCCGUCGAGGGCCACGGCCGGAUACUGCUGUUCGGCGAGCUCUGGAAGCAGGAUGAGGGCUGCCUGACCGUGCAGGACGUUCUGGAGCAGGCUCCGGACGAUCACUGCGCCAGGCCCUCGUCCACUCGAACCGCGAGCUACCACAGCAGCUGCGCCACGCGGCAGCGCAAGCGUCCCGGCCACAGCGGGUGGGACAGCGCCGACUGCCCGGCCGCCAAGUCCAGGCGCUGCGCCAAAGAGAGGAGGUGCGACAGGUGCAAGGCCACGGACCCGUGCGAGUGCGGGACGGCUCGGGCUGGGUCUGAGACCUCCUGCCGCGAGGCGGCGGAGGAGCCGCCGUCGGGAGGCUGGGUGCCCUGCCCGGCGCCCCAGCGCAACCCCCGGCUGCUCCUGGUGCUGUGCCGCGCGUCGGCGCUGCGCUCCAACCUGCCGCGGCUGCAGCUGCUCCUGCAGCAGGUGCAGGCGCGGCACCGCCAGCCGCCUGCUGCUCUUGUCGGGAUCGUGGUGCAGCCGCAGCCGGAAGAGGAGGCCGAGGCGCGCCGCCGCAUGGAGACCCUGCUCUGCAGCGCCUUCGCGCCGCACAGCCCCUCGGUGGAGGUGCACACGGCGGUGUUCCGCCCCAGCCGCUCGGACUGCGUCCUGGACGUCCAGCCCGCCGCCAGCACAGGGCGCAAUGCCAGGGCUCGGGGCAGCGUCCUUCUCGUGGAUCAGGAGACCCAGACGGAUGCGGGGAGGCCAGAGGGAGAGGAAGAGGGAGAAUCUCAAGCAGAUUCCGAGUCAAGCACAGAGCCUGAAGUGGGGCCCGAUUCCACAACCCUGAGAUCAUGACUUGAGCCGAAAUCAAGUCAGACGUUCAACCAACUGAGCCACCCAGGUGCCCCUAAAAUCUAAAUGGAACCCACAUCCAUGGCUGGAGGGAACACAGAAUGGUGCGGCUGGUGCUGAAAACAAUCUGGCAGUUCCUCAAACGGUCAAAUGCAAAGUUACUAUAUGACCGAGCAAUUCCACUCCUGGGGACACACCCAAGAGAAUUAAAAAUAGAACAUCCAUACAAAAACGUGCACAUGAAUGUUCACAGCGCCAUUAAUUAAUGGUAGCCAAGAAGUUGGACAAACUCAAUAUCAACAAUCUGAUGAACAGAUAAACAGCAUGUGGUACAUCCAUACAAUGAAAUCCUAUUUGGCACCACUGACGCGUGCUACAACAUGGAUGAGCCUGAGACACAUUGGGCUAAGUGAAAGAAGCUAGCCCUCCAAAACUCACAUGUUGUACACGAUUCCAUUUAUGAAAUGUGCAGAAUAGGCAAAUCCAUUGAUCGGAACUGGGGGGAGGUGGGGAAAGGAGUGACUGCAAAUGGCCAUGGGGUUUCCUUGGAGUGCAAGAUGAAAAUGUUCUGGAAUUAGUCAGUAAUGAUGGAUUUACACCUUUGUUAAUAUGCCAAAAACCACUGAACACUUUAAAGAAUAAAUGUUAUGACACAGAAAUUAAAUGUCUAUUAAAACAAUUAACAAAGAAAAAAGAUAAGGCUUGCCUUUUAGAAUCCCUUCCUUCUCCAUUCCAGGAAAAUAACAGUGGUAGGCAGGUCUAAGGAGGAAGUGUGUGUUGUCUGCCCCAUUGAUCACUGGCUUUGGGGAGCUUAUGUUGGAAGAACGUGUAGCUGUGUCAAGAAGCCAGGACCCAAGCCAGGAGGAGGAGGAAACUGUCCGCCGGAAGUCCUCCUGUGUAACAGCAGACGGCGCCAUAUCUGAGGACUCCUGGCAUCCUCAGCAGAGGACAAAUGGGAGAGAAGUUUGGGAAAGUUUCAAGGACUGUAAAUUGGAGCAGCCACUGUCUUCUGGAUCAGUCAAUAAGCUGCAGAAGAAUGGACCAUGUUCCAGUGGAAUCUCAGAGUCAUUCUCCUACCGCUGUCAUUUUCUGUGAAUUCCAUGGAUGGAGCACCAGACGAGUUAGAAGCCCUGAGCUGAAACCCACUUCUUCCAAUCUCUGUGUUACAAGGCCACAUCCCAUCUAUUCUUUGAGCCUCAGUUUCCCGGUUUAUAAACUGAGAAUAAACAAAUAAUAGCGCCAUUAUUUCAAAA